AUGGGUGUCAUUCCUCGCCAUCGUACAGAGAUGAUGCAGAGGCAGAAUGGAAAGAGUGGAAGGUGCCUCACGAUCGCGCUGAUCUGCCUUUACUUGCUUCAAAGCGAAGCUAUUGAAAUGCCUGGUAGCAUCGAUGGACCCCUGUCACCAGAAGCUCAUGCGCAGACGUACAACAACCCGACAUGCAUGGAGCUGAUGAAGUACAACCGAUGGAGAUCCUGGGCCCGGCGACAAGUUGUGGAUAUUGGCUUCGCUCCCUCGUUGAUCAGGAUAUGUUGUGUAUGCUUGACAAAUACUGAGAGCUCCAAGAUAGCUGAGACCCACGUGAAGUCGUUCAUCGCAUCCAACGGCCUGCAUCAUCGUUUGACGGUGGAGUCUCGUGGAGCAGGGGGAGGCAGGAAGGACUGGUUCCUCCCCAACGGAUGGAGUUCGUUCCACGGCAAGGAACCUGAGCCGGCCUUGACGGAGGUUGCAGCGGAGUUUCGUUUGUGGCUGAGCGGGAACGCGAGACCGAUAAACCCUGAGUGCAUCCAGGAUUCCGACCAGAUCCUCUGCUACGGCAAAGAAGCGCACGACGAGCUGUUGAGAGCGGCGUCACACUGGGAGAAGGCUGGCCUAGUCCAUGAUUACAAGGGCAAGAUACGGCUCAUGCCAGGUAUUCGUGAUGCUGCCCACGUUGAAGCUGAAUGGAAUCCCGCAGCGCUGAAGUGGAAAGAAGGAGAUAGUAAGGAGAAGGCGAGGGAGGCGAUUGAGGCCUUCCUUGAAGACAGCAAGCUGUUCCUUGAAUCCUUGAACUUGACCAAGAGCUGA